AUCGCAGCCUAAUGAUAUUCUUGGGCUGAUUGUUUCCAAGGAUGUUGCAGCUGCUUUGGCUUUAUGGCUAAAUGUUUUUUGACUAUGCAGCUUUUUUUGCCUCUUAUCAGUUGGAUUUAAAAAUGUCCAUCUGUUUCAAUGGUGCAGCUUUCCCAAUCCCCUUUCCGUUGCCCAUCGCCUUCAGGUCACUCAGAAGGGGGGGAGGACAGGAGUAUGAAGCCAGUGAAGCCACAGGUGACCUCUGGUCAACCUGGGGAGAACCAGCCUCCCCUGAGUCCCCUGCAGUCUGCUCUGAACUCUGCUGCCGCUCCUUCCCAGGCAUAUGAGACUUACAUUGAUAAUGGACUUAUCUGCCUCAAACACAAGAUUAGGAACAUUGAAAAAAAGAAGCUCAAACUUGAAGAUUACAGGGAUCGCCUGAAGAAGGGAGAAACCCUCAAUCAGGACCAGCUGGAAGCAGUGGAGAAAUAUGAUGAAGUGAUACACAACUUGGAGUUUGCCAAGGAGCUUCAAAAGACUUUUUCUGGACUCAGCCAAGAUCUCCUGAAAGCACAGAAGAAGGCUCAGAGACGGGAGACUAUAAUGAAGCUUGAAGCAGAGAAGAAAAAGCUACGUACAAUACUGCAAGUCCAGUAUGUGCUGCAGAACUUCACUCAAGAGCAUGUUCAGAAAGACUUCAAAGGUGGCCUGAAUGGUGCAAUAUAUUUGCCUUCUAAAGAACUAGACUACCUCAUUAGAUUUGCAAAAUUGACAUGCCUGGAAAGAAAUGAGAACCUGAGUGUUGAAGAUCAGAUGGAGCAAUCAUCACUCUACUUCUGGGAUCUUCUAGAAGGCAGUGAGAAAGCCGUGGUUGGAACAACAUAUAAACAUAUGAAGGAAUUGUUAUCCAAACUCCUAAAUUCUGGGUAUUUUGAAAAUAUUCCGACGCCUCGCCAUAUGCAACUGAAAGAGGAACUGGAAGAGGAACUAGGGAAAAAAUCUGAGAGAACAAGACAGUUGCCGAAAGGAGAGUCUGUCAAAGAACCAGAACCCCUGAUGAAGCUUUUGCAGGCUGAGAUACAGCCACAAGAGUUUCUCAACAGGCGCUAUUUGCCUGAAGUAGAAUGCUCUAUCAAGAAGCCCGAAGAAAGCAAACCUUGGGAAGCAGAGUACACUAGAAAGCAAGAACCUCCAAAAUCCUGGGAAAUGCUUGUUGAUAUAGAAGAACAAGAACAGAAGAAGCAGAAGCAGGAAUCUUUAAAGCCUUGGGAAUCUUGUGUUAGGCAUCAGGAGCAGAAGCAGGAAUCUCCAAAGCUCUGGGAAGCUUGUGUUAAGGAAGAGGAGGGGCAGAAGCAGGAAUCUUCAAAGCCCUGGGAAACCAGUGUUAAGGAUGUACAGAAAAAGCAGGAGACUCCAAAGCCUUGGGUAUUACAUGUUAGGGAGCAGCAGGAUUCCCCAAAACCUUGGAUAACAAAAGUUCGGGAAGAGCAGGAACAGAGGAAGCAGGAAUCUCCCAGACUUUGGGCAACAAAAGUUCAGGAAGAGCAGGCACAAAAGAGACAGGAGUCUCCAAAACCUUGGGUUACAAAAGUUCAGGAAGAGACAGAUCAAAAGCAAGAAUCUCCAAGGUCUUGGGUAACCCAAAGUAGAGAGGAACCAGAACGAAAGAAGCAGGAACCUGUGAAGCCUUGGGAACCACGUGUCAGGGAGGAACCAGAACGAAAGAAGCAGGAACCUGUGAAGCCUUGGGAACCACGUGUCAGGGAGGAAUCAGAACAAAAGAAGCAGGAACCUGUGAAAUCCUGGGACAAACGUGUUAGGGAGGAGACAGACCAAAAGAAGCUGGACUCUCCAAAAGCUUGGGAAACAUCUGACAGGCAGCAGCCAGCCUCAUUGCAGCAGUUACAGAAUACUCCCAAGUCCUGGGCAGUUGGAAGUUUUGGGCCAAAGGAGCAGAUUGGGCCAAAGAAGUUUGAUGUGGAACCCAAAGAUGAUGGAAAAACAGAUGGAUUAAAUGGUGGACAUGGCUUUGAUGCAGUAAGAAAAAAGGAGGUCCUCCAAUCAGCUGGAGAAAGUUUUAAACUACCUAGGAGUCUCCAAAACCAUGUACAGGUGCCUAAACCUGGACAUCAAUCAGCUGCAGAAUUUUGUUCUACUUCAACUCUUCCAAAGGAUCCUAUACUAAGGAGGGAAAAACUGCAGGAUUUGAUGACUCAGAUACAAGGGACUUACAACUUCAUGCAGGAGUCCAUCCUGGAUGUUGAUAAAGCUUCACCAAGUGCUAUUUGUUCAUCACAACAACCUUCAGUAACUCCAGCAGUUUCUAAAGAACAGAAACUGCCAAGUCAGAAUGACUUUCUUCAACAGCCAUCACAGCUUGCUGCUGCUCCCAUAACCCGGCGUGGCUCAAAUACUUCUUUAGCAUCAGCUGAUCAUACUCUUUCUGGGUCUGAAACAGAGGAUCUUACCACACCACAGAUGCCACAGACAUCCAAACCGCUUUCUCAAGAGACUGAGAUUUCAUCUCAGCCACCUUUUCAGACAAGUCCAUGUGCCUCUGAGCCAGUUAUAGCCAAGAACAUUGAAAUUGCUCAGGCAGCUAUUCCUCUGCCAAGAGAACCAGAGUCACCUCUACCUACUUCAAACACUUCCAUGUCACCAGUAUCACAGGGGCAAACCUUUCAAUCUCCUCCAGCAAGCAGCAGUUCUGUUACCAUAAAUGCAGCUCCCUUUCAGGCUAUGCAAACUGUAUUUAAGGUGAAUGCACCUCUGCCACCUCGUAAAGAGCAGGAAAUAAAAGAUGACUCCUCGUAUACUGCAGGAUAUAACCAGAGUUUUUCAACAGCAAGUACACAAACGCCUCCUCAAUGCCACUUACCGUCCACGCAUGUUGUAGAGCAAAAUUCUCUUUCACAAGAAACUUUGCCAACAGUUAAUUAUCAAUCUGAUGGAGCUGUUCCUGUAAGCAAUGGAAGCCUCGCCUUUUAUCCAGCACAGACUGUUUUCCCAAGACCCACUCAGCCGUAUCUGAAUAGUCGUGGAUCUGUUAGAGGAUCUGCAAGAGGUGGGAGAUCACUGACCAAUUCCUAUCGCUCUCCUGGUGGAUACAAAGCAGGUUUUGAUGCUUAUAGAGGAUCCCCAUCAAUACCUAAUGGCAACUAUGGCCAGAUGCAGUUUCCUAAUAGAGAUUACCCUGGAAUGUCAUAUUCUCAAAGGGAUGUUAAUUACCAGCAGUGCUAUAAACGAGGAGGAGUAACGAGUGGUCCUCGAGCAAACUCAAGAGCAGGAUGGAGUGAUUCUUCUCAGGUGAGCAGUCCAGAACGAGACAAUGAAACCUUUAACAGUGGGGACUCUGGGCAGGGAGACUCGCGCAGCAUCACCCCUGUUGAUAUGCCGGUGACAAGCCAAGCUGCUACCAUACUACCAGUGCACGUUUAUCCCCUCCCACAGCAGAUGAGAGUUGCCUUUUCUGCUGCUAGAACAUCUAACUUGGCCCCUGGAACUCUAGAUCAGCCCAUCGUAUUUGACCUUCUGCUGAAUAACCUUGGAGAAACUUUUGAUAUUCAGCUUGGUAGGUUUAAUUGUCCAGUGAAUGGAACCUAUGUCUUCAUCUUCCACAUGCUGAAGCUAGCGGUGAAUGUUCCACUAUAUGUAAACCUUAUGAAGAAUGAAGAAGUCCUUGUGUCUGCAUAUGCUAAUGAUGGGGCUCCAGACCAUGAAACAGCUAGCAACCAUGCUGUCCUACAGCUUUUCCAAGGGGACCAGAUCUGGUUACGUCUGCAUCGGGGUGCUAUCUAUGGAAGUAGCUGGAAAUACUCUACCUUUUCAGGGUACCUCCUGUAUCAAGACUGAAAUCAGUACAAUGUUUACAAAAGCUGUUCCAAACAAAUUGGUGGAGGGGGGGGGGAGAGGAAGAAGUAGCUUUGCACUUAAUACCAAUUUCAUAGAAAUAUGGUUCCAUUAUGUGGGAGAUGGUGGUCCUGUUUGCUAGGUGAAAUCCUGGAUUCGGUUUCUGAAUCAGCACUAAUUUGGCACUUUAUCAAUUGUGAUGUAGCCUUGCUAGUUAAGCUGUGAAUGUAUAUUAUUUGCACUUAUCCUUUAACUGUAUUAAUGUCCAGCUUACUACACUACUGAUAUAAUUGCCUCGAAGUAUGGGCUAUUCACAAUGCCUUGUUGUGCCUCAAUAAAACAAAUUAAUAUGCAUUUUAGUAUUAAUCUUGAUAGUGGUUUUUAUUGAUAAAAUUCCUAGCCAAAAACCUGGUCUAGCUUGUGGUAUGAAGUAUAUUGCAUUUUUAACAGGAAAAUGUAGUCUUUACCCUGAAUUUUAAGAAAUGGUGAAUUUUUUAAGAUAAGACCAUUGUUUCUUCCUCUUGUCAAUGAUGUGUUUUCAGGAUUUUUGUCCUUUCCAGUGCUAAAUGAAUCAAUGAGAGGGCUUGCUUACUACUGUUACUGGUAUUGUUAGAUGUUUCAGUUAAGAACUUGCUCCUGAUUCACUGUUACCUUUUCUUACAUGUACCUUAUUUUAAAUGUCCCAGGUACUCUAGCUAUCUUUCUAUGCUUUUCCAUGGAUGUUCACUUCAUCCUUUUCAGUUUACAGCCAGUUAAUACACUGCCUAGUCUUAAUUUUAAAGCAGUUCCUCCUGACCUCCAUCACUUCUGCAUAUUCCUCGUAUUGAAAGCACUGGUUAAGUGCUGUGUAGAGGAUUUCGUAUAUAACCCAAAAUCACACUUGAGUUGGCAGCACGUUUGGGCUUUCUUAAAGCUCUUGACCGUCUCCAAGGUUAUUUGGUAAGAUUGCUUUUAAAUCUUGCUAAGUGUACAGUACUUGGAUGUCUUUCAGUUCAGAUGGAAAAGUGUAAACUGAAAGGUAUCUCAGGAUCUUUCCCACUUGCAUCUAAAAUUUCAUAAUGCUUAAUAUGCAAAUCUAAUUCCUUCUUUAGCUUAAGUUAAUUUGGUCUCACUUAUCCCUGUAGCAGUUCAUUAGGUAGCUUUUUAGUGUAAUAUUACUGUAUAUCAAAGGUGUUCAACCAGUGCUCCAUCUGCAUUGGUUGCUCAUGUCAAGUUAACUAAAGUAUUUAAGUACAGUCUAAACUGGGGUUGUGCAAGAUGUUGCUCAGGAGCCGGGGCCAGCCCACCUAAUGCUUUGAUCUGGCCUAGAGAUGUUAAGUUUAAUUGGUUAAUCGAAUAGUCAAUGCAAAUUGCAUCGACUAUUUGAUUAGUUGAUAAGGGUGCUUCUGCCUUAAGUGUGGCAACAGCCCCGGGCUGUCUCACUUCAAAGGUGAAAG